AGUGCACUUCGCUUCACGCGGUAUAUAGAGGCAGCGGACUCUCAGCACCACACCAGUGCAGUUCACACCUACUGCAUGAACUGGUAGCAGAACCAGCACCGUGUUCUUCUCAUGCUGGACCUUCUGUCAACUUCCCGAUCUCUCCCUGAAACCUUUAUUAUUUUAUUUUUUCCAGCGUGCUGAAAUACCGGAGCGCUAAGAAUUUCCCGAAGUGCAGGAUAUUUGUGUGAACGCGCGCGGAAAUGUUGACAAAGUUGCUCGUGUUGUGGAUUUGCCUGAUGGGGGUGAGCGCAGAGUUUGAUGGGAGGUGGCCUAGGCAGAUGGCCUCGUCCAAUGGGCUGUGCCGCUACGGAACUCGCAUUGACUGCUGCUGGGGCUGGACGCGACGCUCCUGGGGGCACUGCCAGCCUCUCGACGGCUUAACCAACAGGCUAAUCGGGAUAAGGUGCCAGGCCAAAGCUCUAUGUCAGCACGGAUGCAAGCAUGGAGACUGUAUCGGACCCAACAAGUGCAAGUGUCACCCUGGAUUUACAGGAAAGACCUGCAACCAAGCGGAACAGCAGGACUAUGUAAACCCCUCAAUCUGGGACAGUCUCCCCCCUCUGUUUGUUCCCAUGGACCACACAGCGUUGGGGGUGCCUUCGGAGGAUCUGAACGAGUGUGGCCUGAAGCCUCGACCCUGUAAACACAGGUGCAUGAACACAUACGGCAGCUACAAGUGCUACUGCCUCAACGGCUACAUGCUUCAGCCUGACGGGACCUGCGGAAAUGCACGGACAUGCAGUAUGGCUAACUGCCAGUACGGCUGUGAGGUGAUGAAAGGAGAGGUUCGGUGCCAGUGUCCAUCUCCCGGCCUACAGCUCGCCCCAGAUGGCAGGACAUGCGUGGACGUGGACGAGUGCGCCACGGGCCGCGGCGUUUGCCCUCGCUUCCGCAAGUGCGUCAACACUUUCGGGAGUUACAUCUGCAAGUGUCAUGACGGCUUUGACCUGCAGUACAUCAAUGGCAAAUACCAGUGUAUAGAUGUGGAUGAAUGUUCGACUGGACAACACCAGUGUAGCGCACACUCCACCUGCUACAACACACCGGGCUCCUUCAAGUGCAAGUGCAAGGACGGUUUCCGAGGAGGCACGGGUCACGAGUGCAAACCCAUCCCCAAAGUGAUCAUCGACCCUCCCCAACCCGGAAAGAUCCCACCUGGGAACAACAACAGGAUUCCAGAUACAGACGAAAAGAGAACCACUACCACUGCUCGACCACCAGUGACGUCCAAGAGGAUCUCCCCGAGCACGACACCACCCUCCAAAAUACCUUUACCACCCAAGAAAAUCAUCCCAACACCCAAGAAGCCAAUCAUCCCAACCCGUAAACCUCCUACACUUUCUCCCAGACCCCCUGUUGUAGUUACCCAAAAGCCCCAUGUCACACCUCACCGUCCCACUGCCGCCACCACCACCAAAGCCCCAGCUCCAACACCAAGGGUGCCAGUUGUACCCUCUCGCAGGACUCCUGCCCCUUCAGAUACUCCUCUGGACAACAACAUCCAUAAGGACAACAACGAAAAACAGAGAGGGGACGUUCACAUACCUCGGAACAAUGGAAAUAACAACGUUCUCGUUACUGAUUUAGACAUCGAACUGGGUAACACCGAAGAUGAGCUUAAAGACGACCCAGAGGCUGGAUUUCUGAGCUGCUCCUUUGAUCAGGGUCUUUGUGACUGGAUCCAGCACAAAGAGGGAGAUGUGCACUGGGAGACGGUACCAGACCCUUCAGGUGGAAAGUAUCUGACCAUCUCAGAAGCGUCGGCUAAGAGGAAUGGCCGUGGAGCUCAGCUCAUUCUUCCCUUGGCGUCUCCCUGGAGCGAGGGUAAUCUGUGUCUGGCUUUUCGGCACAAGCUGGCGGGUCACCAUGUGGGCAUGCUGCAGGUGUUUGUGCAAAAAGGUCGACAGCACAGUCCAGCCGUUUGGGGUCGCACAGGAGGCAGUGGCUGGAGGACGACACAGAUCACACUGUGGGGCAACGGCCUUGAGAGUGUGAUUGUGAAGGGUGAAAGGCGGAGAGGCCAUGCUGGUGAAAUGGUGCUUGAUGACAUCAGUCUGAGGAGAGGGGUUUGUCAGGAAGAGCACAACCUGAGGAGACUCUAACAAACACACACCAGCACAAAGCUCUCUCGCGCAACAAUUCGCUUAAGAAACGAAAAGAGGGAUCUGCUUUUCUUUGGACUUCCCUCAAGAUCAUGAGUGUGUCUCCUACAGCAGACAAAUCCCCAAUGCCUCCAGUAGCUGGAUCAAAUUGUAUAUGGAAUACAGAAAUUCGAUCAAACAAUAGUUCCAAACAAGGAAAGUGUGCCAAUUUCUUUUGUAAAUGUCAUACACUUUGUAUGAUUUCCAUUGAGACAAUAGGAAAAACGGACCCAGCUGUGCCACGGCCACGUUUGCUCUUGAGACUGCCUUUUUAAAGCCUUUUUAAACUAAUUAACAAGAGCAUUGUGUGCUUAAAAACCUACCCGAGAGACAACGUAUUUCCAUUGUAUUAUUGUAAAUGUAUCCGUGUGUACAUAUAUAUAAAUAUAUAUAAAUAUAAUAUAGAUAUAUUUGGAAAAAGUUGCUUUGCUAGUGCAGAAUUACAGUAUGUGAAUUCUUCAACAUGUGUAAGUGAUGCAGGGCAAUGUUUACACGAUCUGAUUUCAAGUGUUCCCUUGGUAUUAUGUAUACUGUAAACUACCAGCCAAUAAAAUUGUUUUCCAUUCUAUUUUUAAGUGGCUGUAUCAGCCAUCCUGUAUUGGCAUAUGAUACGCGUGUGUACCCUUUAAAUCUUACAGUAGGACAUGCCGAUCUUUUUGACCCGAACUCCCGCUGUCCUCACUUUUGUUUUAGAAAAAAAUGAUGUCAGUAUUUAAAGAUUUAUGCCAAUAAAAAUUGUGAAUGUA